AUGGUGACCUGGAAACGGAGAGGACGUCACUUCUGUCAGCUGUGUGACAAAUCCUUCACAAGAUCUGGAUCUUUAAAGAUUCAUCAGAGACUUCACACGGGAGAGAAACCGUACAGCUGUGACAAGUGUGGGAAAGCUUUCACUACAUCAGGGGACCUGAAAAAACACCAGCAUAUUCACACUGGGGAGAAACUGUACAACUGUGACCAGUGUGGGAAAGCUUUCACUACAUCAGGUGUACUUAAAGUCCACCAACGUGUUCACACUGGAGAGAAAGCAUACAGCUGUGACCAAUGUGGGAAAGCUUUCAGUACAUCAUCUAAACUAACAAUCCACCGACGUCUUCACACUGGAGAGAAACCAUAUAACUGUGACCAAUGUGAGAAAGCUUUCUGUACAUCAUCUAAACUAACAAUCCACCGACGCAUUCACACUGGAGAGAAACCAUACUGGUGUGACCAAUGUGGGAACACUUUCAGUAAAUCAGGUGACCUAAAAGUCCACCGACGUGUUCACACUGGAGAGAAACCAUACAGCUGCGACCAAUGUGAGAAAGCUUUCAUUACAUCAUCUCGACUAACAGUUCACCGACGUGUUCACACUGGAGAGAAACCGUACUGGUGUGAUCAAUGUGGGAAAGCUUUCAGUAAAUCAGGUGACCUGAAAAAACACCAACGUGUUCACACUGGAGAGAAACCGUACAACUGUGACCAGUGUGGGAAAGCUUUCUCUAGAUCAGAUGACCUAAAUGUCCACAGGCGUGUUCACACUGGAGAGAAACCAUAUUGGUGUGAGAAAUGUGGGAAAGCUUUUUCCAGAUUAGGUGACCUAAAAGUCCAUAGACAUGUUCACACUGGAGAGAAACCGUACAGCUGUGACCACUGUGGGAAAGCUUUCCUUACAUCACCUCAAUUAACUGUCCACCGACGUGUUCACACUGGAGAGAAACCGUAUAGCUGUUACCAGUGUGGGAAAGCUUUCCUUACACCAGGGGAACUGAAAAAACACCAACGUAUUCACACUGGAGAGAAACCACUCUGCUAGGUCUGAGGAAAUUCGAUAACAGUUUCUAUUGGUUUGACUGAACAGUCAUGGGUGUGGGUUGACCACGUGGCCACGCCCACAAUCCCCAUGCUGCCUUGCUGUCUGUCUGCUAGCUGCCUCAGAAAUUGACUUCUCAGCCAUGUUUGUUCCUUUUGACAUGCAAAUACAGGGGCAAAUAAUGUUAGUUGCUAUUUGGUUAAUAGUAAUAUCAGACCGUCCAAGAAGCCUGUACUUUUGUUUCUUUGGUGAGUAAAAUUCUAGAAUUUUAUUUAUGUGAUAGCAGUAAAUGGGUAUUGGAUUCUGCAUUCAUACCAUGUUAGAUUAGCUCGUUAACUAGCUAAUUAGCCAACUUCAAAAUGUGCUAACUAUACUAAUUUAAUGGGAGUGUAUGCUAGCCGCAGUUAUUAAACCAGCGUGCACAAAAGUCAAAACGUAACGUUAAAACAGAAGUGUUAUAAUUUAGGGCGAUAAUACUUUUGAACAAAAGGCAUCUGUGUGAAGUUGGAAACUAAUGGUCCUGCUUGUGUGUUAGACGACAUAAUGCAAUGUUAACGUUUAACUUACCAAACGGGCAAUGUAACAGUAACGUAAAGUCAAUGCUAGCCGUGGCCAGGUACUGUAACGGUGGGGGAGAGGAAGGAUCUGCGGACAAUAUUAGAAUAAGUGCCUGGGCCUAUGAGGACAAGAGGGACGGACCACGAAGUGUUGAGGGGAGAGAGUUGAGGUGGACAAUGUUUCUCCGUUCUGGGAAGCGGUGCGGACGGCCAAGCCUAGCAAGGCACUCAUUGCUGUGUGUGGCUGCCAAUGUUAUACUAUUCAAGAUUUUUCUCAGUGUUAGCUCCCGCGAGGUGCAUGCAAAACUUGGUAAAUCAGCGUUCGCAUGCCAGUUAGGGCUGCUGGCAGAGAAGACAGGUAGCUGUUGAGGUUCCGGAGUUAUGUAAUGCUAGAUUACGUAGAGAAAUUAGGCGUCUGACAGAUGUUUCUUAGUUGGGAGAAUAUGCUCUCCAUCUGCACGUAUUUCUAACCUGUCGUCUGUCUCUUAUGUAGGACGUGUGACGGCCCCUGCUGAGUCUACUUGUGUGUGUGUGUGUGUGUGUGUGUGUGUGUGUGUGUGUGCAUUGUCAAUCACUGCAUACCCAUGUUGUCUUUUAGGUGCUAGAAAACUAGAUUUGCACUAAUAUAUAAUAUCGCCCAGGACUGCUCGAGGUGAAGCUGGUGCAGGUCCUCCGAGCUUCAUGCGUAACGUCAGCUAACUGAUAUACAUGUCAUUCUUUAAAAAGGAGCCAUGAUAGACCUUGACAAUUGUAAAUGUAAAUAAUCAUUCAAUCACGGCAUACUUCAUUUAGCAACAUAAUGUCAACUUACCUACUUCAACCUUUACACUUAACAACUCCGUCUGAGCAAGGGGAUUGUGGGCGUGGCCAUGCCAUUGAAACAAACCCAUGAUUGGUCAAACCCACCGAUACUGUUACCACUGAAACUCUUAUCUCGAACAUUUUUCACUCGCAAAACUUCUCCACUUGCAAAACUGUUUCACUUGCAAAACUUAACCUGUAACACUUUCUGAUUUGCAAUCAAAGACGACAGAUUAGGAAUCAUAAUUAGGUCUCUAUGUUGUAAUGUGCCAUAACAUGUUUAAUCUAUUUCGUAAUGAAUAUUGAAAAUUAGUUAAACUUAAAAAAUUCAACACAAAUCAAAUCUUAAUCACAGUAUUUGGCAGAAAUAUUGCAAUUAGAUUUUUUCCCCUAAAUUGUUCAUCCCUAUUCUCUAACAUUGCUUACAGCAGCUAACGCUGCCCCAUUGCUAAAUUAAAUUAGCCACAAAGGAAGCUAACACCAUGUUUAUCAGUGGAGCAGUGCUAACGUUAAUGAGUGGUUGAACUACAGUAUUUAACGUAUUCUAAAUAUAUAUGGAAGCCGCUUGUCUGUAGUUACAGUCGGUGCUUCAGAAAUGAUAAAACCAGAGCAGAUAUGUAAAUAAACGCAAGCUGAAUAAGUAUCAAACCACGGCUUCCUGCCAAAGAAAGUUAUCUAUUUCCUCUUUCAAAUGUGUGACGUUGGUGUAGAAAGAAUAGUUUCCACUGUGGCUCAAGGCUGAGAAAGGCUUUUCUCGUAGACUCCACACAUCUUCUCUAGCAUUAAAUGUCUUAUCUGCUUCUCUGGGUUAGAUUUUCUAAUCGACCUCGCGUGUAUGAGCUGUGACCUUUCAGCUGAAUCACUCUGUUAUUCUUACUUUUAAUAAAUAUCACAAAGACAAA